AUGGUCCUUGAUUUUGUACCCAAUCGUUCUACCAGUCCCCAUUUUAUACCCUCAACCUUGGAAGAGAAAAAACGUUGGUCUGAUACAAAAAAGAAUAGAAAAUAUAGCCUUGACCCAUUUGCCGGCAUGAACUCUUCUGUGAAUUAUGAACAAGAGAUCGAAAAGCUUAAACAGCAAAUCGUCAAAAAGAAGCUUCCUCCAAAGAAAACACCUACUCUUUCACGCUCCACUUCGCCUGAUUCCUCUGACGCUGAAUCAGUCAGUUCUGAUCAUGUCUCUGAAGCUGAAAAAGCCCGCUUCUUGGCUUUUGUCCGCAGCUGGACAGGUGACUGGAAAGGAGGUUGGGGUGCGGGUACAGUCGAGUUUAGUACCGGCUCACUUUGGUCAGAUCAGUCCCCUUGGAAUGCAACCAUCAUCGCUCGUCCUCAUUCAACCACAAAGACUCAUUUGCAGCAAGAAUCAACAUUCAACAGUUUAGAUCAUUACGAUCUUUACUCUCCAUGGAAACAUUAG